AUGAGUAGCAAGUUUUUUAGUCAUGAUUGUCCCGCUGAAAAUAAAAAUGAAACAGAUCCAACAUUCUUUUGGGAUGGUGGAUUACAUUGGGACGUCAAACCAUCAACGAUACAUCAUUCGCAUUAUUUUCAUGUUCGAGAUUGUUAUGAGGCAUUUGUUAUUGCCGCUUUUUUUACUUUGCUCACUCAAUACGUUGGUGAUUCGCCAGAGGAACAAAAAAAAAAAUUACGAGGUCGUAAAAAAGAAAAGCUUCCAAUACCCUGUUGUUGCAUUACUUAUAGUCCAACUGGUCACACAUUUCUUUCCGUUACAAAGUGGUGUAUAUUACAAUAUGUUGUAAUGAAGCCUAUAAUUACGUUUAUUUCACUUAUUACCGAAGCUUUUGGUGUUUUUUGCUCGGAAAGUUUGAGUUUUGCUUUUGCCAGAGUUUACAUGAAAAUCCUUACCUUCGUUUGUGUAACAGUUGCCAUGUACGCCUUGGUUGUACUUUACUUAACUAUUAAAGACGACAUUGCAAGUGAAAGACCAUUUUUAAAAUUCCUUUGUAUAAAACUAGUCAUUUUCUUUGCAUUUUGGCAAUCCGUAGUUCUUUCUAUUGUUGCUGAAUUAGGUUAUAUCAAAGAGACAGAAUAUUGGACAAGUGCAAAUGUCAGUAGAGGUUUAGCUGCCAUGUUGGUCUGUAUUGAAAUGGCUGUCUUUUCAUUUUUACACAUAUUCGCAUUUCCUUAUCAACCCUAUAAAGAAUUGGGAAAUCACGAAAAAGUUUCGUUAAUAAAAGGAUUAAAAGAUGCUUUUAAUCCAAUCGAUAUUUUGUGGGAAUUUAAAUAUGUUUGGAAAGUUUUGACUAGAAGAAAAAAUGGUACUGAUUCUAAGGACUUUGUGAGCACUGUUGCAGGCGAUAAAGAAGAAAAGAACAAAAAUGAACAUGUAUAA